UCGGACAAAAUGGGCAGGAUCUGGUGAUGCUCCGAAGUGAAGUGAAGGGGGUUGGAAUGCUACCAGAAACCGGAAUAAGUAUUAGCUGUUCACGUCUCAUGCAGGCAGGCAGACAGUCAGUCCACCGGCAUUAGUCAAUAGGGGAGAGGGGCACCGGCGCCGUAAUGGCCAAUGCCGAGUCACUCCCCCGCCGAUCCACCUCCGGUCUCCCCGGAAUUAAAGGGAAGAAUCAAGAGUCACUCACCCCGGGAUCAGGAUGCACUCAAAAGCACGGCGGGUCCAGCAGCUUCUGGGAAGCUCGUCGACGCACGAGACAGCAGCAAAAGCUGGGGCCGGAUGGUGACGUCGACUACUGCCCUCGGAGCCCGGCGAUUCUCGCCUCCGCCCGCCUGCCCCUCCCCACUAGCCGUUUCCGGCGACGACAGCGGCCCCGAGCUAUAAGGCUGCCAGGCUGCCAGGCUGCCACUCGAAAUACAUUGAUACAUACAUUCAUUGCACAUUAUACCAUUAGAUUUCGUCACACA